AUGUCUCCCAUUGCCCAAGCCGGUGCUGGCGCCGCCUCCAAGGAUGUCAAGAGAGAAUCCGCGACCGCUCGUCUUCUCGGUUCCGGCUCUGCUGGUAUCGCCGAGCUGAUGGUUUUCCACCCUGUCGACACCACGGCUAAGCGGUUGAUGAGCAACCAGUCCCGGAUAACUUCCGCCAGCGCUUUCAAACAAGUUGUUUUCAAAGAGUACGCCAAUGCGCCGGUCGCCCGCAAGUUCACCUCUCUCUUCCCUGGCCUGGGAUAUGCUGCUGGUUACAAGGUUCGUGAACCCGGGACGGUCCUUCAACGGAUUUACAAGUACGGCGGUCAACCCUUUGCGCGAGACUACUUGGCCAAGCACCACGGUACCGAUUUUGAUAAUGCAUUCGGAAAGGGAACUGGCAAGGCCAUUAUGCAUGCGACUGCUGGAAGUUUGAUCGGCAUUGGAGAGAUUGUUCUGCUUCCUCUGGAUGUUCUGAAGAUUAAGCGCCAGACGAACCCCGAGGCCUUCCGUGGCCGUGGCCUCUUCAAAAUCAUCUCCGAUGAGGGUAUGGGACUGUACCGGGGUGCCGGCUGGACGGCCGCCCGCAACGCUCCCGGCUCAUUCGCGCUUUUCGGUGGAUCUGCGUUUGCCAAGGAAUACAUCUACGACCUGAAGGACUACAACUCAGCCAGCUGGGCGCAGAACUUCGUCGCCUCGGUCUGCGGUGCCAGCGCCUCGCUGGUCGUUUCCGCGCCCCUGGACGUGAUUAAGACCCGGAUCCAGAACCGCAACUUCGACAACCCGGAGUCGGGCUUCCGAAUUAUCUCCAACAUGGCCAAGAACGAGGGUGUUACCAGCUUCUUCAAGGGCCUGACCCCCAAGUUGCUGAUGACGGGUCCCAAGCUGGUGUUCAGCUUCUGGCUGGCACAGACAUUGAUCCCUGCCUUUGGCCAGGUUGUAUAG